AUGAUUAAAGCUCAUGUGGCCAUUUGUACCCUAAUUUUAACAAACAUCUACACAACACUGCUCACAGCAGCGGCACAAACAUUCACGAAAUCACACUAUGAACAAAAAUAUAACACUAAGCUGGAAAAAUUAAAGCCAGAUGAAGUGAUACACGAGCCUCUAAAAAAAUUCGCUCACGGCAGCUGUCAAAGAACAUAUCCACAGCUCAAGGAUAUAUACAAUACCAUACUCAAAUACGAUCCUGACAUCUUCUUCUUUACGGGAGAUAAUUUUUACACAGAAAUGAACUGUUGCGACGAGAGGUGUAUUGAAAGAGGCUACUUAAAGAUGAUAAACUUUCCGCCCUUCCAAGAAUUUAAAAAGAAAAUCAAGAAAUUCGACGGCGUUUACGACGAUCAUGAUUAUGGAAUAAAUGAUGGAGAUGCAACUUUUAAAUUUAAAGAAUUCGCUCAGCAGACAAUAUUAGAUUUUUUCGAAAAGCCGAAAGAUCAUUAUAGGAGGAAGAGGAAAGGAGUGUACUUUAGCUUGUCGUAUAUUGACCCUGAAAACCCAAAUAACCAUGUUAAAAUUAUUGCAUUAGACCUUAGGUACCACAGAGGCUGUAUGUAUAAUUGUAUUUGCCAACUAUGUGGGCUAACAUACAUACAAUCGAGGUUAAUUAUGUUACGAAGAUUUUUCAAUUAUACCUUUGGGAUUGGUUGUAAACAUGACGCUGACGUGCUGGGAGAAGAGCAGUGGAAGUGGUUUGAAUCGCAACUUGUAGACUCUGAAGCCAGGUCCCAUGUAAUAGUAUCAUCAUUCCAAGUAUUUACCCACCACCCAAUGGGUGAAAGUUGGGGACAUUUUCCAGUCUCUAAAAAGAGAUUACUGGACUUGGUUGAAGCCACAAGACCACGAAAGCCGGUUUUCAUAUCCGGAGAUGUUCAUUUCGCCGAACUCUUCGAGAAAUAUGUACCACAAGGACUUGUUGAGUUCACAUCUAGCAGUUUGACGCAUAGUGUUAUGACACACAAUUAUUUAGCUACGGUUUUGGCCUACCCCGUUUAUCUCCGAUUAAAGGAAUACAUUUACAGAAACAACAACUUCGGGGCUCUUGAGUUCAAUUAUAACCAACAAAAUGGUAACUCAAGUUAUAAAAAACUAUUUUAA